AUCAUGUAGUUUCUGCGCGUCACUUUUUGAAAGGGUCCUAUACUGUUGCCAGUGAGUUUUGUUUUGAUUGGAAUACUGACUUGGUUACAGCAAUUGGAUUCACAACCCCUUUAUUAGCUGGACUAUUACCAUUGUCAAGUGUACAUUGUGACGCAACUUACAAAACAGCCAAAGGAUGCUUCGAACUCUACAGGAUUAUUGGUAACAUUGAGGGUGCAGGAUUUCCAGUAGCAUAUCUCAUUUUGAACACUACGAAGGUGCCAAACAAUGAAGAACAAAUGUGGUUACGAACAACGGCACUUGCUGGCUUCCUUCGUUCUCUCUGCGACAAGAGAUUGCAAUCACAAUACUUUUACACCGAUAAAGACUUUGCAGAAAUUAAUGUCGAGAAAGAAGAAAAGCUUAAGAGUCGCAAGCGAAUUCAUCGCAAUCAAUACCAAUCAGAUGAAGCUGUAACAGAGUUUGAUUUUAUUGAUCCCACUUUCAAGCCUGAUCUGGAACGUAUUGAACCUGA